AUCGUAAUUAUGCGCAUGCGUAAACGAGUCUCGUUAAUAGCCGUCAUGAAGGGCGUUUGUGUUCGCGAGGUGGUGAUUUUAUAAAAAUAACAGUUUUUUAACUUAUGAAUGUAAGUUUAUCAGUGAGACCGACGAUAUUUAAGUAGUAACGAUAACAGGUAGCCAGCUUUGCUGGUGAGUCAACAGAAUGACCACCGAUAUCAGUAUAGUGAGGUGGGAUCCCACCUUGCAGCAAGAAAUUGUCGAGGACUAUGAGUACGAUGGUGGCAAUUCAUCUUCCCGACUUUUCGAACGAUCUCGCAUUAAAGCUUUAGCGGAUGAAAGAGAAAGCGUCCAGAAAAAGACCUUCCAGAAAUGGGUGAACUCUCACCUGGUGCGGGUGAACUCCCGCAUUACCGAUCUCUACACCGACAUGCGAGACGGCAAAAAUUUGAUUAAAUUAUUGGAAGUAUUAUCGGGCGAACGUCUGCCUCGUCCAACCAAAGGAAAAAUGCGAAUUCACUGCCUGGAAAACGUCGAUAAAGCUCUCCAGUUUCUCCGAGAGCAACGUGUUCACUUAGAAAAUAUGGGAUCGCACGAUAUUGUGGACGGAAACCCCCGACUUUCGUUGGGUUUGAUCUGGACCAUCAUUCUCCGAUUCCAAAUUCAAGACAUCACGAUCGAAGAGACGGACAACCAGGAGACCAAGUCGGCCAAAGAUGCACUGUUGCUGUGGUGUCAGAUGAAAACAGCCGGCUAUAAUAACGUCAACGUUCGAAAUUUCACCACUUCGUGGAGGGAUGGUCUAGCUUUCAACGCACUUAUCCACAAACAUCGUCCGGAUUUGAUACAGUUCGAGAAAUUGUCCAAAUCGAACCCCAUCCACAAUUUAAAUAAUGCGUUUAACGUGGCUGAAGAUAAACUGGGAUUGACGAAACUUCUCGACGCUGAAGACGUGUUCGUGGAGCAACCCGACGAAAAAUCAAUCAUCACAUAUGUCGUUACUUAUUACCACUACUUCAGUAAGAUGAAACAGGAGACGGUCCAAGGAAAACGUAUCGGUAAAGUCGUCGGGAUUGCGAUGGAAAACGACCGAAUGAUUAAAGAAUACGAGUCACUAACGAGUGAUUUGUUGGCGUGGAUCGAAGCCACUAUCAAAGCCUUAGGGGAGAGACAAUUCGCCAAUAGCCUUGUGGGCGUGCAACAGCAAUUAGGCCAGUUCAAUAAUUAUCGCACCGUCGAGAAACCACCGAAAUUCGUCGAGAAAGGCAACUUGGAAAUCCUUCUUUUCACACUACAAUCCAAGAUGAGAGCUAACAAUCAACGACCUUACACUCCGAAAGAAGGCAAAAUGAUUUCCGACAUUAACAAAGCCUGGGAACGAUUGGAAAAAGCCGAACACGAACGAGAACUCUCCCUGCGUGAAGAACUGAUCCGACAGGAAAAACUCGAACAAUUGGCCGCUCGUUUCAACCGAAAAGCCAGCAUGAGGGAAACCUGGUUGAGCGAAAACCAGAGAUUGGUCUCGCAAGAUAAUUUCGGCCACGACUUGACCGCGGUUGAAGCCGCAGCCAAGAAACACGAAGCUAUCGAAACCGAUAUUCUCGCCUACGAAGAACGAGUACAAGCGGUUGUCUCAGUGGCUGGGGAACUCGAAGCUGAGAAUUAUCACGACAUGGAGAGGAUUAACGCACGAAAAGAAAACGUCCUACGCCUUUGGAAUUACCUCCUGGAAUUGCUUAGAGCACGUAGACACCGAUUGGAAUUGUCCCUACAACUACAACAGAACUUCCAAGAAAUGCUCCACAUUCUCGAUGCCAUGGAGGAAUUGAAAGCACGUCUUUUGACGGACGACUACGGCAAACAUCUCAUGGGUGUUGAAGACUUGCUCCAAAAACAUAACUUACUCGAAGCCGAUAUUAACAUACUUGGAGAUCGGGUCAAAGCUGUGGCAAAUCAAUCGCAACGUUUCCUGGACGUGGAAAGUGAGGAAGGUUACAGACCGUGUGACCCAGCCCUAGUACUGGAACGCGUGCAACAACUCGAAGAUGCGUAUGCUGAGUUGGUUCGCUUGGCUGUGGAUCGCCGAUCAAGACUUGAGGAAAGCCGCAAAUUGUGGCAGUUCUACUGGGACAUGGCCGAUGAAGAAAACUGGAUCAAGGAAAAGGAACAGAUUGUUUCAGCGGCCGACAUCGGGCACGACCUCACCACUGUUAACCUGCUCCUAAGCAAACACAAAGCUUUGGAGAAUGAAAUCGCAGGGCACGAACCCCAGUUGGACGCUGUUGUGGGAAUUGGGGAGGAAUUGGUCAAUUCCGGGCAUUUUGGUGCAGAAAAAGUGCAAGAAAGAUUGACGGAAAUCCGCGGGGCUUGGAAACAUUUGCUAGACUUGGCGGCUUAUCGCAGGAAGCGAUUGGAGGAUGCCGUCGAUUACCACCAACUCUUUGCAGAUGCUGACGAUGUCGAUAUUUGGAUGCUGGAUACUUUGCGACUGGUGUCGAGCGAAGACGUUGGCCGGGAUGAAGGCAAUGCACAGUCGUUGCUUAAGAAACAUAAGGACGUUACUGAAGAACUUAAGAAUUAUGCCAGCACCAUCGAAGCCUUACACCAGCAAGCUCAACAGUUGGGACCAGAAGUUGCCGACUCGCCAGAAGUCUCGCAAAGAUUGGCUUCGAUCGAUAACCGGUAUAAAGAACUGCUCGAAUUGGCCAAACUCAGAAAGCAACGUUUGUUGGACGCACUCUCCUUGUAUAAAUUACUGUCGGAGAGUGACGGAGUCGAGCAAUGGAUCAGCGAGAAGGACAGGAUGUUGCAGACCAUGGUACCGGCACGUGAUAUUGAAGAUGUCGAGAUUAUGAAACAUCGCUAUGAUGGUUUCGAGAAAGAGAUGAACGCAAAUGCUUCGAGAGUUGCUGUAGUAAACCAACUCGCACGUCAGCUGUUACACGUCGAACAUCCCAACUCUGAACAGAUCACAGCUAGACAGAACCAACUCAACCAGAAAUGGGCGGAAUUGCGCGAAAAAGCAGAAGCGAAACGAGAUGAACUUAACUCAGCACACGGCGUGCAAACAUUCCAUAUCGAAUGUCGUGAAACCACGACAUGGAUCGAAGAUAAAAUUCGGAUCCUACAAAGUACUGAUAGUUUGGAGAUGGAUCUGACUGGUAUUAUGACACUUCAACGACGUUUGUCCGGCAUGGAGCGCGAUUUAGCCGCCAUCCAAGCCAAGCUCACUUCUUUGGAAAAGGAAGCGUCCAGUAUCGAGACAGAACACCCGGAGGAAGCAGCCGUUAUCAGGGAAAGAAUCGUUCAGAUACAGAUCAUAUGGGAACGACUGACCCAAAUGUUGAAAGAACGCGAUUCGAAAUUGGAGGAAGCUGGCGAUUUGCACCGCUUCUUGCGCGAUCUUGACCACUUCCAAGCCUGGCUUACCAAGACCCAAACCGAUAUUGCGUCCGAAGAUACGCCCAAUUCGUUGGCCGAAGCGGAAAAUCUCCUGUCACAGCAUCAAAGCAUUUGCGAAGAGAUUCACAACUAUACCGACGAUUACACUAAGAUGAUGGAAUAUGGGGAGAAAAUCACUGCCGAUCCCAGCACCCAAGACGACACUCAGUACAUGUUCCUGAGAGAAAGACUGAAGGCUUUGAAGGACGGUUGGGACGAAAUCCACCAAAUGUGGGAGAACCGGCAGAAACUCCUAUCGCAGUCUCUUAGCUUGCAGUUGCUUGAUCGCGACGCGCGACAAGCUGAGGUGAUUCUCAACCAACAAGAGCACACUUUGUCCAAAAUCGAGACUCCUACGACGCUCGAACAGGCCGACAAUCAAUUGAAAAAGCACGAAUCAUUCCUUACGUCCAUGGAAGCAAACGACGACAAGUUCAACGCAGUUAUUCAGUUUACGAAUCGUCUCAUCGACGAAGGGCAUUUCGCUUCGGAUAAAAUCGCAAAACGCGCUGACAAUAUUGACCAACGCAGAUUAGCAAUAAAAGAGAGAGCUUUAGCAUUAAUGGAAACACUGAGAGAUCAAUUAGAAUUGCAACAAUUCCUGCGAGAUUGCGACGAAUUGGGAGAAUGGAUCCAGGAAAAACACAUCACAGCUCAGGACGAAACCUACCGAUCGGCCAAAACAGUUCACUCGAAGUGGACCCGUCAUCAAGCUUUCGAAGCCGAAAUUGCCGCAAAUAAAGAGCGACUACUUAAUUUACAAAAGACUGGCGAAGACUUGGCUAAGGAAAAACCAGAGUUUGCGAGUGAAAUUAAGCCGAAAAUUGAAGAACUCAUCGACCAAUUUGAUGUUUUGGAACAGACGACGAAAGAAAAGGGCGAACGCUUGUUUGACGCUAAUCGCGAAGUACUCAUUCACCAAACCUGCGACGAUAUCGACUCAUGGAUGAACGAUCUCGAAAAACAAAUCGAAAGCGACGACACUGGCGCUGAUCUCGCUUCGGUCAACAUCCUCAUGCAGAAACAACAAAUGAUCGAAACACAAAUGGCAGUGAAAGCCCGUCAAGUGGACGAACUAGAAAAGCAAACCAAACACCUCGAAACGACAACACCGGCCCCCAAAUUGGAAGAAAUCAAAGUGAAAAAAUCUCAAGUGGAACAACGGUUCCAACAACUCAAACAACCACUCCUCGAGCGUCAAAGAGUUCUGGAAAAGAAGAAGGAAGCUUUACAAUUCCGACGCGACGUCGAAGACGAACUCUUGUGGAUCGCUGAAAAGAUGCCACAAGCCUCGUCGACCGAAUACGGCAAUAGUCUAUUCCAAGUCCACAUGUUGGAGAAGAAAAAUCAAUCGUUACGAACCGAAAUUGAAAACCACGAACCUAGAAUUAACACGGUUUGCAACAACGGCCAAAAACUAAUCGAUGAAGGACACGAGGAUUCGGUCGAGUUUGGACACUUGAUCAGCGAGCUGCACAAAGCUUGGCAAGAAUUGAAAGACGCUGUGGAGAAACGCCGGGAGAAUCUAUUGCGAAACGAACGCGCCCAGCAAUACCUCUUCGACGCCAACGAGGCUGAGAGCUGGAUGAGCGAGCAAGAACUGUAUUUGAUGGUCGAAGACCGGGGCAAGGACGAGACUUCCGCCCGCAAUUUGAUGAAAAAACACGAGAGUUUGGAAGCAGCGGUUGAAGAUUACGCCGAUACGAUCCGAGCUUUGGGCGAAACGGUUCGCGCUUUGGCGGCGGAAGGACAUCCUCUGGCGGAACAAGUCGCAGUGAAGCAGUCACAACUCGACAAGUUGUACGCUGGGUUGAAGGACCUUGCCGGUGAAAGACGAGGGAAGUUGGACGAAGCCCUGAAAUUGUUCCUUUUGCACCGAGAUGUCGAGGAUUUGGAGCAAUGGAUUGCUGACCGGGAAGUGGUAGCUUCGUCACAUGAACUGGGCCAGGAUUAUGACCAUGUUACUUUGUUGUGGGAGCGUUUUAAGGAGUUUGCCCGCGAUACUGAGUCAAUUGGCAGGGAACGAGUCGCUGCAGUUACCGAUAAUGCCGACCGUUUGAUCGAGGCGGGCCAUUCCGACUCGGCCACGAUCGCCGAAUGGAAGGACGGAUUGAACGAGGCAUGGCAGGACCUACUGGAAUUGAUCGAAACUCGCACACAAAUGCUUGCAGCAUCACGCGAAUUGCACAAGUUCUUCCACGACUGUAAAGAUGUCCUAGGACGGAUUCUCGAGAAACAGGUUUCAAUGUCGGAUGAGUUGGGACGUGAUGCAGGAUCCGUAUCAGCGCUUCAAAGGAAGCACCAGAAUUUCUUACAAGAUUUACAAACUUUGCAAUCGCAAGUGCAACAAAUCCAGGAAGAGUCUGCGAAAUUGCAAGCCAGUUACGCAGGUGACAAGGCCAAAGAAAUUACAAACAGAGAACAUGAAGUUAUUGCCGCUUGGGCUGCCUUGCAAGCCGCUUGUGACCAAAGACGAGGCAAAUUGGCCGAUACUGGCGAUCUAUUCAAAUUUUUCAAUCUUGUAAGAACACUGAUGCAGUGGAUGGACGAUGUCAUCAGACAAAUGAACACUAGCGAAAAGCCGAGAGAUGUCAGCGGUGUUGAACUGCUAAUGAACAAUCACCAAAGCUUGAAAGCGGAAAUUGACGCGCGAGAAGACAAUUUUAAUGCUUGCAUUUCCCUUGGAAAGGAAUUGCUUAAUCGCAACCACUAUGCGAGCGCCGAAAUCAAAGAUAAACUAGUUACUUUAAGUAAUCACAGAAAUUCUGUUUUGCAACGAUGGGAAGAAAGAUGGGAAAAUCUGCAAUUAAUUCUUGAAGUUUAUCAGUUCGCGAGAGACGCGGCCGUUGCAGAAGCAUGGCUCAUAGCUCAGGAACCGUAUUUGAUGAGUACUGAGCUAGGGCACACCAUUGACGACGUCGAGAAUCUUAUCAAGAAACACGAAGCAUUCGAAAAAUCAGCAGCAGCUCAGGAAGAGCGCUUCAGUGCUUUGGAACGUUUAACAACAUUUGAAAAAACAGGUGGUGGCCCUAGUUGUGGAACGACCUUGCAUGAGUUGUCUCCUCUUGAUUUUUCUCUCCCUACACAAUAUAUUUUUGAAACUUUGAAACCUGCUUCUGUACGAAAUUUAUCACAACGUUACGUUUCCCAAACAAUUGGCGCAAUCGUACGUGAUUGUGACCGGUUUUACAACCCCAAAAUCACGUACAGAAGGCGUUUUACACUUGACGGUGUGUCCAAAUAUGCCAAAUUGAAUAAAUUGCGCAAAAAUAUUACUUUUCUGCACAAAAAUCUUGUCCCAAAUUCAAAGAAAAAUAAUUGCUUUAAUCGCUCGGUUUCCAUGUGCGAAGCACGCGACUAUAAAUACUUAGUGCAAGAUUUUAUAAUUGGUGAACGAUUCGCCAGUUAUAUGGAAACGGGUACGACAUUAUUCCUACAGCCUGAACGGCGUAAAGCCAAAAAUAGAGAAGCACGUUUCAAAAACAGUUAUCGAAAAUCUUUCCCUCUCAUUUCAUCCACUAACAAUGUGUUCGAAUUGCGAGAAAUCCAGAGAAGAAAAGAAGCACAAGAAGCCCAAGAAAGGGCGAGACGUGAACAGGAAGAAGCAGAACGACAAGCUGCGCUCGCAGCUGCACAACCGAAACAGGCUGAAGCAAUGACUGAUCGACCGGAUUCUGGAACGCCUGCAGCCGAAGAACGACCAGUGCAUGGACGACAGCAACAAGCACGUCCUGGCAGUGUUCCGGUUUCCCCACGGGUGCAAUCAACACCCUCAACAUCCCCCCGCUCACAAACACUAUCGAGAGCUGAAGAGAAGGCGAAACGUAAGGACCGCUCUCGAAGCAAGUCCCCCUUCCGUAGUUUCCGAUGGAAGAAGGGAUCUUCUAAGACUUCCGGAGCCGUCAGUGAUGACGAAGCUGCAGGAACAUCAGGUAUUUUGCAAAAAGAACGCGGCAGCCCCGGCGAUGAAGAAGUCUUUGAGGGUGUUUUAACCCGCAAGCACGAAUGGGAAAAUACGACCGUCAAAGCUUCGGUUAGGUCGUGGGAUAAAGUUUACGCUGUUUUGCACGGCUCUCAGCUUUCGUUCUAUAAAGAUUCCAAAGUGGCUCGUGCAACUCCGGAUCAGACGUUCAAAAACGAAACUCCUCUCUCCUUGCACAAAGCUAAUGCUUCCAUAGCCCAAGAUUACAAGAAGAAAAAGCACGUUUUCAGAUUAAAAUUGGAAAGUGGGGCCGAAUUCUUGUUCCAAGCACAUAACGAUGGUGAGAUGAACACGUGGAUUUCUCGCAUAAAUGCCCAGGCUGAGGCCGAUUCUUCUGGCCCUUCGCGGUCGCAGACGUUGCCUGCGUCCGCUCAGAAGGAGGAUUCGAAACGUCGCAGCUUUUUUACUCUUAAGAAAAAGUGAGGGCUUGUCGAUGUGGGUGUGUGAAGUAAUCCUUAUAAUUGUGUUCUGUUACAGCUAAUUUAUGCUAUCUGUACGCUUUACCUGAUUCUGA